UGCUAAAGCUAUAGAGAGCAUAUGGGUGUUUGCUAACCACCUGUCUGCCUACUGAGGGGGCAUCAGUUGGACAGUUGCAGGCAUAGAAGCAGACUGGAAUGGUUGGGCUGGAUGUCUAUCUAUAUCCAGAUGGUCUUACGGUUGCUACACUAAAAGAUAUAGAGAACUGGGAAUCCGAGAGGGAAAUGUUUGACCCGAACGUGCGCCUCUUUGUGGCUCUGUUCUCAUACAACCCUGCGGUGAUGUCACCAAACCCUGAAACAAUGGAGGAGGAACUGCCCUUUGAACAAGGACAGAUCAUUAAAGUAUAUGGAGAUAAAGAUGCUGACGGCUUCUAUAGCGGGGAGACCGGUGGCCGCUUUGGUUUUGUACCGAGCAACAUGGUUUCUGAGAUUCCUGUGGAAGACGGAGAGUUUAAACUUCGUCUGUUCCAGCAGGGGUUUUUACCAGAGGAGACGCCUUACGUAGCACCCAGUGAAACUUCUAGUGUGUCGGAUGGCGUGAAGGUCCACAGGAUGGUGGCCAUCUUUGAUUAUGACCCUUGGGAAAGUUCUCCAAACAUGGAUAUUGAGGAUGAGCUUCCCUUUCGUGCAGGAGAUAUUAUUUAUGUUUUGGGGGAAAUGGACAGUGAUGGAUUUUAUGACGGAGAUCUACAUGGUUAUCGAGGUCUUGUGCCAUCAAACGUUUUGCAACCACUGCCUUGGGACUGAAGGAAAUGAGUAAUCAGAAAUCAGGAACAGGAGAGUGACCUCAGACUGUGAUUAUAACCCACUUUACUGAAUUCAGCUCCAGCUCCAUUUUUUAAAAAACCAUAUAACGUGUCUUGUUUCCUGUAAUGACGUAUUGCGUAGUGUGUCUCUAAAUGCACUUGACCUUUCCUCUUCGCACUGUGCUUAGCAUUAAUUAAAUAUGUAAAAGGAAAUUGAUUUCUGAUUAAUACAAGAGCUUUUGGAAGCAGCUAGUGCAUUUUAGCCUUAAAAGAUAAUGAUAACUUAAUAAUUGUGUUUUUAUACUUUAUGCGUCUUCUUUUCACUGCUGAUGUCUUUAUAUGAUUUGAGCUAUUUUGUAAUGUCCUUCCUGUUUACAGCAACUGCACUGGUGUUAGUUUAACAACUGCACUAUAGGUUUCGCACACAGUUACGCAGUUCAUUUUAUUACUGUUUAAUGAAUUCAGAGUUGUUUGAUACAAGUUAACAUGCAAAUAUAAAGACGAAUGCAUUCAAAAAACAUUACUGCAUUACAAUUAGUCAUGGAACACAAUCGUUAUUAAUACGUAAUUCACAAGACAUUCAGAUUCAGCAUCUUUGGUUCUCCAUAAGAUCAUCCAUCGCAGCCAACAGUACACUCAUCCAUAAAGUAGGAAACACUACACUGUGUAGAGACCUUUAGUAGUGCUGUCUACUUUAUGAGUGACUGCACUGUACCUCUGAUGUUCCCGCCUCUUCUCUUCGCGCUCCAAUUGUUUCUUUGCACGCUUCCUCUUAUCUCCCUGUGCUCCAAAUGUUCGUUUUACAACUAUUUGUUAAACCUGAAAUGAGAAUUAGAUCAAAAUGAUGUAAUAAAAUAAGCCAGAUCAUGUUUUAGUAUGGUUGGAUGUUCAGCUGCAUCAGCUUCAGUUGUUCAUAGCGAGUGUCUGUAAACCACCAGGAAGUUUAGAGUCAUUUUUAUUGCCUGUUCUGUAGGUGAAAAGGAAAUAUUACAUGUGUAAUUAACUCAUUUAAAAUAAAACAAUGUAUAAUACCUCCAGUUUUGCCGCUUUGUAUAAAAAAUGUAGCUAUGUGAAAUGGAUUCAGCGUGAACCAUUGGAAUUGACUAUUACAUUUUGGUUUAGUAA